AAACAUUAGUUAUACUCUAGUCAUUACUAUCUCAUUUCAGAGAAAAUCUUUUGAUUAUGUGGAACUCAUUAGAUGGUUGUUUAGUUGAUGGGUCUAAUUUAAAUGAUAAUAUACAUUUUCUCGGUUCGGGGUAUUUUACAACGGGAGGCUCCAUUGGAUUCUCUCGUCCAUCCAACUCUUCCCACUUUUCAAACAUACAACUUACAGUCAGGUUAAACAUAAAUCUACCAAAUGCUGAAUGUUACAGUUUAAAAUAUUUCUCAUGGGAAUUUAUAGUAUCGAGUAGAAUUCAUCUAAGUGGUUUUUUUAUUAUUGAACAACUUUGAAUUUGUAUAUGAUACCGGAUGAUUUACUACGGUUGAGAUUUUCUUUAUAAAAUCUGUCAAAUAAUCUGCUUUAUAUGUGUUACAACCAAUCAUAACGACCAUUCUUAUCAAAAUUCACUUUGAUUCAUACAAAUAAUGACGAUAAAAAAUCAUUUCAAGAACCUCAAAAACAAUCUUCAGUAAUAUAUAUUUCAGGCGCUCAGUUUAAUUUUAGUGUGUUACAUUGAGUACUCUUCAAAAGAAAACAAGAUUCUGAUGUUAUUUUCAAUUUUCCUUCUGACUAACACAAUUGAAAUGGAUAAAAUUUGACUGUUAUCUG